UAGACGCGCUGCUUCUCAUUCGAGACGUCCUAAAAAGGCAAAACCAUUUUCUCAUUUCUGCUGGCCCGCCCGCCCUCCUUCGCUCUCUCAAGUCUCAACACUCCGAGCUCCCUCGUAUUCCCAGAAAAAUUAAAAACCCGGUUGACUCAAUUUCAUCACUCUAACCCAGUGAAAAUGGAUAUUGAUUCUAAGCUCGAAAAAUUGGAUAUCAAGUCUGGGGAUGAAACCUCAUCAUCAACGCAAGUGCAAGUGGAUUCUAAGGGAACUGCUGAAGACAAGGAUGAAUUAGCUGACUCAAUGAAUAACUUGAAUGUGGAAGCAUCCUCAUCUGGGCAGGUGGGACCUACAUUCAAAAGAAAACCGGUUAUCAUCAUUGUUGUUGGAAUGGCAGGUAGUGGGAAAACAACUUUUCUUCAUAGGUUGGUUUGCCACACACAAGCUUCAAGGAUUCGUGGUUAUGUGCUCAACCUUGACCCUGCUGUGAUGACUCUCCCCUAUGGUGCAAAUAUUGAUAUAAGGGACACUGUUAAGUACAAGGAAGUGAUGAAGCAGUUUAAUCUUGGACCUAAUGGUGGAAUCCUGACUUCUCUUAACUUGUUUGCAACAAAGUUUGAUGAGGUCAUUCAAGUCAUUGAGAACCGAGCAGAUCAGCUUGAUUAUGUCCUUGUGGAUACACCUGGUCAAAUUGAGAUUUUCACUUGGUCUGCUUCUGGAGCUAUCAUUACCGAAGCGUUUGCUUCAACCUUUCCAACUGUGGUUGCUUAUGUAGUUGACACACCUCGUUCCUCAAGCCCAGUAACUUUCAUGAGCAAUAUGCUUUACGCUUGCAGCAUCCUUUAUAAGACGCGGUUGCCUCUUGUGUUGGUAUUCAACAAAACUGAUGUGGCUCAACACCAAUUUGCUAUAGAGUGGAUGGAAGAUUUUGAAGUCUUUCAAGGAGCAAUGAGGUCAGAUGAUUCAUACAUGUCUACUUUUUCUCAAAGCCUCUCCCUAGUGCUAGAUGAAUUCUAUAAAAAUUUGAGAUCAGUUGGGGUCUCUGCUGUUUCUGGAGCUGGAAUGGAUGCCUUCUUCAAGGCCAUUGAAGCCAGUGCCGAGGAGUACAUGGAAACUUAUAAGGCUGAUCUUGAUAAGAGACGGGUAGAGAAGCAACGUUUGGAGGAAGAGCAGCAAAAACAGAACAUGGAAAAGCUGAGGAAGGACAUGGAAAAUUCAGGGGGACAAUCUGUUGUUUUGAGCACUGGUUUAAAGGAUAAAGCCCGUCAUAAUAACAUGGUCGAUGAGGAGGAUGAGGAAGAUGAGGAGGACAUUGAAGAUGAUGAUUUUGAGGUGUUUACUGAAGAAGAUGUUAUAGAUCAGGAUGAGGAUGAGGAUGAAGAUGAAGAGGUGGCCAGGUUCUCUUUCUAGUUCUAUGGUUUUGAUACCACAAUGAUGUCUUGGAUUUAUAGGAACCUACACGGACUGCCCACCAAGAUAUCUGUUUGUGCUAUUGUUGCUAAAGAUUUUGCUCGAAAGCUUAAUGAUACGAGCCUUUAUGAACGAAUUGGCCGUGGAUACAUUAGAUUUUGCUCGCUAGCUUAAUGGUACAAGUCUUUGUAAUCUGACUGCAAAAGAAAUUCAUGAAUUCCUCUUCCCUUGUCUGAUGGUUCACGUGAGGAAUUUGCACUAGAUUUGUAAUUAUAAUAUCCUAUCAACUACAACACAGUUCCUUCGAAUCUAGGAAGCCGAGCUGUGUUUUUCUAAAUAAAGAACUCCUUGAAUU